UGUCGAGAAGAGAACUGCAGAAUCAUCGAUUUUAAUCAUAAUUUCAAAUAAUACACAUUCAAGUAUCACCCAACACAACCAUGGAAACAAACACCGCUAGUUUUGUUUAGUAGAAACAGCUGUGAAUAGCUAACUAUUAGCCUAGCCGGUGUCCUUUGUGUCUCUCUCCGCCCAGCGAUACAUUUAGCUACCAGGAUUAGCUUCCAUUAGCUAGCUUAACUUGAAGUUCUGCUUAUUUUACAGACCUUUGUAUAGCUGUGCUACCGCGGUGGCUGAGUUCUGAAAGAGGUGCCACAGUUUCUGUUGGCUUUGUUCCGUCUCCUCCUCGUUCGGAACAUCCUGUUCGGCCUCUGCUAAGCACUGCCGUUCCCAUUUUGAGAACCAGUGUUCGGGGCCGUGUUCUUGGAUCUCCGCUUCUCCCUCCUCCUUCCUCUCCUCCAUAGCUAACGGUUGGCGUUAGCUGGUAGUUUAUAAGGUAGACUUCGUCUUAAAUAUGGGAUCGAUUGGUUUGCCGGAGGUACUUUACCGUUACACAACCCUAACAGUCUAUACAAAAGGGGAAAAACAGUUGCUGUUAGAGUCGCAUUGUGGACAUUAUAAAUUCCGCCCACACGCCCAGUGUAGAGCACUCCAAACUAAAGAACGCGAUGACAACAUCUAACAAUUUCUUCAUCUUACCACGCCCAUUUCCUGCUACACUGAAAGGGGGUUGGCUGCAGCGAUCUAUGUAGGCGGUUCUUUGUGCCUGAUUUGACAACGGCAAAAAGAGAAAAGGUCAGAGAUAAACAACUCCUACCAGCUGUACAGCAUUCUGUACGAUAGGGGGCAGUCUGACCAUGGAAAUGUGGGCUACUUCAACGACCACAUACUUUUUGUGUACUUUAAGUGUUAGGCUGUUUUUUAUUGUUUGGGCAGACCUUUAAGUUAAAAAACUAUAUAUCUAUUGUGGAGUUAUCAACAGAUUCAGUCGGCACUGUAAUGCUGCCAUAAUUAAAGUUAGCAGUUAACAUUAGCCACAAUAUGCUAUUCGUCAUACCAGAACAAUUAAAGCUGUAGCAGAAAAAUAACUCAGCCAGGGUAGUUUUAUUGGUUAUUAAUUCUGCUUUUCAUUUGUAAGAGUGUUAUUGUGAUUGUUAUGUGUUAUUUCUGCUUUCAAACAGCACAUGAGCUUUGAAUUUUGUGGCAACCAUUUGGUGAAGGCCACUUCCUGUUUAAACAUGGCAAAAACCAUACCCAUAAAGAAAUUGUUUUCCCAGUUUGAUGGGGAAGAACUUGACUGGCCUGCAGAGAACCCUGACCUCAUCCCCAUCCAACACCUUUGUUGUGCUGACUGUGAGCCAGGUAUUAUCGCCAAACAAUGCUUUACCUACACUCUUGUGGCUAUUGAGCAAAUCUCUGCAGCCAGGUUCCAAAAUCUGGUGGACAGACAUCCCGGAAGUAGCAGUAGAAGUCAUAGUAGCAGUAAAAUCCAUCCAUCAUGAGGAGAAGUUCCUUGCUUCAGCUCCCUCACGACCCGGAAUACAGAUAAUUAGCUUGUGGUGCUUCUUGGGUGCAGUCACUGCUGCAGUUGAGAUUUUGGGGGGAAAGUUCAACGUCAACAGCCACAAAUCUACGGGCUAAGGACUGAGGGAGUCCAAAGAUCAGAUGAGUUUAUAACUGAAACAUAUGAUUACAUACUCUUUCACCUGUAUGUCUCUCCGCCAGACUGCACAGGUCUCUGUCAGACUGCACUUCUCUCUCUCUUUGAACACCAAUUUCUGACUGAUUUUUUUUUCACUCUCUCUCUCUCUGCUGGUAACGCUGCUGUUUUUGAAGAUGUCUAAGAGGGAGCAGAUUGUUUGCAGUGUUGAGGAGUAUUUCCAGGAACUAGGGCCAACUGUUACAUUCAGCAACCUGCACUACUGUGUUCAGGAGAAGAGGCUCUGCUGCAAGAGAGGUCCUGAAAAAUACAUCCUCAAAGAUGUGAGUGGCAUCAUGAGACCUGGGAUGAAUGCUAUCAUGGGCGCCACUGGAAGUGGAAAAACAUCACUCCUGGAUGUAAUCGCAGGCAGAAAAGACCCUGCUGGACUGCAGCAAGGAAAGGUCUUGGUGGAUGGGAAAGUCGUCACAUCUGACCUCAGGCUCAGCUCUGCUUAUGUGGUUCAGGAUGACAUCCUGAUGGGCACACUGACUGUGAAGGAGAACCUUCAGUUCAGUGCCAACCUCCGUCUCAAACCUCAGCAUCACUCCUCCACUGAUAAAAAGAGCAGAGUAGAUGCCAUCAUACAAGAACUGGGCCUAACAGACUGUGCAGACACUAAGAUAGGGACAGAGUUUCUGCGUGGCGUAUCUGGAGGUGAAAGGAAGAGGUGUAGCAUCGGGAUGGAGCUCGUCACCUCUCCCUCUUUGCUGUUUCUGGAUGAACCGACCACCGGGCUAGAUUCCAACAGUGCAAACUGUAUCAUCAGUGUACUGCACAGGCUGUCCAGAAAAGGUAAGACUGUGAUCUUCUCCAUCCACCAGCCACGCUACUCCAUUUUCAGACAGUUUGACCAUCUGACUCUGAUGCAUAAAGGGGAGGUAGUGUAUGCAGGAGCAGCAGACCAUGCACUGGAGUACUUCACAGACCUUGGCUACCAAAUUGAGUCCUUCAACAACCCUGCUGAUUUCUUUAUGGACAUCACAAAUGGAGAGGCAGUAUCAACAUUAGAAUCACUUACUGCAGUAGAGUGUAAAGACACACUGGCAAUGAAAUACAGUCAGUCUCAACUUUGCCGGAAUGUGCUUGAGGAGUUGGAUCAUGUGAACCAGAGCGUUGCUGAAAGGGCCAAAAGUCAAGACAAGGGAGCCGACUUUGCCACCUCUUUCCUCUAUCAGAUGCAUGUGGUCUGUGGCAGGACGGUGCUAAACACUCUGAGGAACCCUCAGACCUCUUAUGCCCAGUUGGCUCUCAACAUCUUUUUUGCAAUUCUGGUGGGACUCAUUUAUUACCAAAUGCCCUUAACGCUGCCCGAGGCUUUACAGAACAGGAAUGGAGCGUUCUUCUUCCUUAUCCUCAACAUGGUGUUUGGGAAUCUCUCUGCAGUGGAACUCUUUAUCAAUGAAAGGGCAAUAUUCAUUCACGAGAACUCCAGUGGCUAUUACCGUACUUCUGUCUAUUUCCUGUCCAAGGUCUUCGCUGAUCUCAUCCCCAACCGCAUCUUCCCUAUCUUUGCGUUUUCAAUCAUAGCCUACUAUAUGAUGGGGUUGAAGCCUGCUUUUGAGGCCUUCAUGUGUUUUGCCCUGACCAUGUGUCUGGUCAGUCUGGCAGGAGUCAGUCUGGCCUUCCUCGCCUCAGCAAGUGCAUCUUCAUUUGGCAUGGCUAAUAUCCUCAUUGCUCUACCCUUCGUCUUCAUGAUGGUCUUUGGUGGAUUUCUUGUUAAUCUCAAUACCAUGCUGAGCUGGCUCUCCUGGCUGAAAUGGAUCAGUAUCUUCAGAUAUGGAUUGAAUGCUGCAUUCAUCAACGAGAUGACAGGACAGAUUUUCUACAGUAACACCACUAUGAUCCCAGGGGAGCUGUUCCUGAUAAGCCAGGACAUCGACUACUCUGUGUGGGGCUUCUGGCAGAACCAGGUGGCUCUGCUGGGAAUCAUAUUGGUCUGCAUGUUCCUGGCCUACGUACAGCUGCGACGAAUCAACCGCUGGAAAUGAU